AUGUUCAAAUUGAGUGGGCUGUCAUACGUGACUAGCCGAAAACUGGAAAAAAGGAUCAAAAUUGAGUUAGCUGGAUCAGAAGGAGUGAUCGAGAAUGAUAGGAUAAAUACAAUUUGGGAAAAGUGUGUGGGAAACAUUUUCGCGCAACAUUGGAUGGACCAGAGGAUAAUCAAGAGUAGUAGGAAACAAUUUGAAGACGUUACUUCCGAAAGCAACCUUUCCGUUAAAUUUGAAAUUCUCCUGAGAAUUAACUGGAAACAAAACAAGGAUUGGCUUACUGCGUUCCGUAGCAUACGAGGGGAAAAGGAAAGCAGCACUAAAAUAAUUUAA